AUGAAGGAUGCAAGAGCCUUAUCUCAUAUCAUCAAUCAUGUCUCAGAUACAAAUUUUCCCAAAAUUAUGAGAUCCUUAUCCGCAAAAGAAGCAUGGAGACUUCUCCAGGAGGAGUUCCAUAGUGAUGAAAAAAUCAGAAAUAUUCGACUCAACACUUUGAGGAGUCAAUAUGAUAACAUGAAGAUGAAGGAAAAUGAGGAUAUCAAAGGUUACACUUCUAAAUUCAUGGAAGUUGUAAACCAAAUGAAGAUACAUGGGGAGAAUAUCUCUGAUGCAAAAAUAGUGCAAAAGAUCUUAGGAUCUCUGGACAGAAAGUUCAACACGAUGACCAUCAUCAUUGUUGAAUCAAAAGAUGUAACAAAACUCAGCGUGAUAGAGUUAAAGCGUUCUUUGCUUGCCCAUGAGCACAAAUUCAGCAAGAAUGAAGAAAAUACAUCCUCUUAA